AUGUUCAAUAAAGAGCUAACCCUGAUAAGCAACGAAUCUACCGUUCAACUUUCGCCACUUUGUCAUUAUGGACCAGUAACCUUUAUCAAACUACACCAACAAUACAUAUUUGUUGGCUAUGGACCAAUUCUAUUCAUUUACCAGGUGAACAGCACCACUAACAUAGUUGAAUUGAUUUUCCAACGUCAAGUAUUCAAGAGGAAUAAAAUACAUCACAUGUCGGUAAACCCAACUGCAUUAAAGAUCAUAGUUAGUGGUGGUCGAUCAUUCACUAUUUUACCAUUUGAUAUAUUACAUGGCGAAAAGGAAUGUACAUUUAAAGAACAAGGGAUUAAUGAAUGGAUCAUUACUUCGGAGAUAUUAGAUGAUGGCACCAUACUCCUACUCAAUUCAUACAACGUAGUCUACAGAAUCCACCAAGGUGAACUUAAUCAGCGAGAAAAUGUUGCUGAAAAGAUUCAUUGUGGUGAGAAAUCAAUCUUGUAUAGUGGAUCAAUCAAUGUACUUGGGGGCAACAAGAUCUAUAUUGCCGCAGGUACAGUUAUGAAUGGAGUUAUUAUUUGGGAUUUGUACAAUCGGUCAAUAUUGCACAGUUUGAAUGAUCAUGAAGGUUCGAUUUUCGGUGUCAAGAUUGAUUCGAGUGGGAAGCAUAUCAUUUCAUGUUCUGAUGAUCGUAGUAUCAAGCUUUAUGAUUUUGAUCGGGAAAGAGUGAUUGCAACUGGAUGGGGUCAUGGAUCAAGAAUAUGGAAUUUAGAAUUUGCCAACACUAGUAACGAAGGUGAUGCUAUGCAGAUUAUGAGUAUUGGUGAAGAUUGUACAUUACGAAUUUGGAAGUACGAUAGCUCUUCGGAAUUAUUACAACCGGUUAAAGUGAUUGAAAAUUGUCAUCGUGGUAAACAUGUCUGGUCAGGUGAUAUAGAUGCCCUAGAUUUGCAACUUUGUUGUACUGGUGGUGCUGAUGGAAGAGUAAGAUUACAUGACUUACACCAGCAAAAUCAAGUAACCAAUAAAUUAACCAUGUCCGACUUUGAAAACCAAUUGGGGUCUAGUGUGUCAUUUGGUAAAAAGGACUGUGUUCGAGAUUAUUUUGAAUUGAUUAAUUUGAAUAAAUUGGUAUGCUUGACUUCAAAUGGGUACAUUCUCGAAUAUGACUAUGCAUCGAAAAGUUGCAAAGUGAUUAGUUAUGAUGAUAAACUUGCGGGAUUCGGUAUUGUUGAUGGGUUUAAUGAUUUGAAUUUGGUUGCGGUUGCUGAUCGUAAUGGGAACUUGGUGACUAUUCAGUAUCAUGGAGAUGAUCACGAUAUCUCACGAAUCGGGUCCGAUGAAGAGUCAAUGAAGAUUACAAAUUUACUAACAAGCUCAAUGGACGGGAGACACUUUGUGUUAAUUGAGUCACCCAACGUAAAUAUCCCAUUCAAAUUACAUGAACUAAAAGCAAAGCAUGAUGAUGUUGAGAUUGUACAUACUUGGAAUAUUCCCAAACCUGAGGCUAAUUUCCCUAUUACGGCAAUGACAAUCGACAUAAGCAACAACUGGAUUAUCUUUGCAUCAAAGCGAGUUUCGUUAUAUCUUGUUGACCUUAAUGAUUUCUCACGACAUUUGAUGUUGAAAAAAGUUGCCGCAGGUGAUACUGUAAGUUCAGUAUCAGUCCUAAAUUCACAACUAGGUGUUUCAAACUUGUUGGUCCUAGCAAGAGAUGGGAUGUAUUUAAUUGUCACCAUUACUCAACAAAACUCAAAUUUCAAGUUUGAUAUAAUCCAUGAAAAUAAGUUAACGCGUGGUUUUGUUGAAGGCGGAUUUUUCCAUAAUCUGGACCUAAUCCUCUAUGGGUUCAAAUCUUCAUAUUUUUACAUUUGGAAUGAAACGAAACAAAUUGAAAUUAUGAAUGAAUAUUGUGGUGGAAAUGGCCAUCGACAUUUUAAACUCUAUCGCAAAAGUCCUUCAGAUUUCAGUUUUAUUUAUCUGUUUAAAAAUGACAUUUACAUGUGUCACUACAAAGGCCGUUUCAUUAAUGAUAACAACGACGACAAUAGCCAAGCUGAAGUUAAUUUUGGCGUAGUGCACAGCGGAACUCAUGGCCGUGAAAUUAGAGACAUUGCAAUUCAAAAUGGACAAACGUUGCUCGAUGGAUCAAGACUAUUAAUCAGCUCAGCGGAAGAUUCAACCAUUGGAUUACUGAAAUUAUUACCUAAUGGAGAAAUUCACAAUUAUUGGAACAUGACAAACCACAUAUCGGGCAUGCAAUCAGUUGGAUUUCUCAAUUGUGAUUAUGCAUUUAGCUCAGCUGCUAAUGAGGAGUUUAUUAUAUGGAAAUUAAAUUGGUUGAAUCAACCAACAAAAACGUCCAUACCGACUAUGCGAGAGUUGGCUAGAUUGGAAUCGAAUCAAGAUGUACCUGACUUACGAGUCAUGGAUUAUGAUGCGGUGGAGUUUUAUGAGCACAUAUUUGUCGUUACUGUAUUCUCCAACUCAAUGAUCAAAUUAUGGAAACUCCAAAAAGAUAAAGGAACGGAGUUUAAUUUGGUACACGAAUGGAAUUACUCAUCUUGUUGUAUUUUACAUUGUCAAUUCUUCAAAUUAUCGAGAGAGGGCGAAGAGCAGAAUUUCUUGUUGAUUGCCACUACUGAUGGAAACAUUACCAUUUACGAUAUCUCGAUCCCGCAAUCACCAGUACAACGAUGCCAACUGAGACUUCAUCAAAGUGGGGUCAAAGCAAUUUGUUUGAUUCCUAAUGAUAGUGGAAUUUAUCUCCUCACGGGUGGCGACGAUAAUGCUCUUGUGGUUUCAUUAUUGACUCCUUCAGCAAACGACAAUUCCUCCGUGUAUUUACAUGUCAUCAAACACGAACCUGAUGCUGCAUCGGCUACAAUCACCUCAAUCUCACAUGUACACAAUAACUUGGUUGCUGUUGUGUCAGUUGAUCAAAUGAUUAGGUUAUGGUCAUUCACCAAUGAUGAUUUGGUUUGUCAAGAGGCUAGAUAUACUACAGUUGCAGACACUGGAUGCUGUAGUGCGACUACAAUUGGUGGUAAACAUGUGAUAGUUGUUGGUGGUGCUGGAUUAAGCACAUGGGAAAUAAACACUUCACAAUAUUGA